AUGAAACACAUAUUUUCCUAUUGUUUGUGCCAUUUUCUUCUGUUAUUAGUUACUUCUUUUGUUGUAACACUAUGUGAUGAUGCUGAUGUAACAGAAACUAACCUGCUUCUCAGGAUAAAAUCCGAGCUGGUGGAUCCAUUAGGAGCCAUGAACAACUGGUCUCCGACAACUCAUGUCUGCCACUGGAAUGGAAUAACAUGCGAUGAUGUUGAUCGGAAACAUGUUGUAGGCCUGAAUCUUUCUGGUUCAGGAAUAUCAGGUUCCAUUUCAGUUGAGUUAAGCCGUUUCGUUUCACUUCAAACACUUGAUUUGUCUUCGAAUUAUCUUAACGGUUCCAUUCCUUCAGAGCUAGGUAGCCUUCAAAGUCUAGUAGAACUUCAACUAUACUCAAAUUACCUCUCUGGUAACAUUCCUAAAGAGAUUGGUAAUUUGAAGAAGUUGCAAGUUCUUAGAAUAGGGGAUAACAUGUUGACAGGUGGAAUUCCUCUUAGCGUUGCGAACUUGAGUGAGUUGAAUGUGUUAGGCUUAGGUUACUGUCACUUGAACGGAACCAUACCGAUUGGAAUCGGUAAAUUGAAAAAUCUAACAUCACUUGAUUUACAGAUGAAUAGUCUUGGUGGCCUUAUACCUGAAGAGAUACAAAACUGCGAAAAGCUUCAAAAUUUUGCAGCUUCAAACAACAUGUUUGAAGGAAACAUUCCUUCCUCUAUAGGGUCACUUAGAUCAUUGAAAAUUCUUAAUCUUGCCAAUAACACUCUUUCUGGACUGAUUCCUAUAUCGUUGAGUUAUCUUUCUAACUUGACGUACCUGAAUUUGCUUGGAAACAAACUAAACGGUGAAAUUCCGUAUGAGCUUAAUAGUUUGAUUCAAUUGCAGAAGCUAGACUUGUCUAGAAACAACUUUUCUGGAUCAAUGCCUCUCCUUAAUAGCAAACUGCAGAAUCUUGAAACUUUAGUUCUUUCUGAUAAUUCUUUGACAGGUAGCAUCCCGAGUAGUUUCUGUUUCAAAAGUUCAAAGCUUCAGCAACUUUUCUUGGAUCGAAAUAUUCUCUCGGGAAAGUUUCCUUCGGAGUUACUCAACUGUUCCUCAAUACAACAGUUGGAUCUCUCUGGUAAUAGCUUCGAAGGUGAAAUUCCAUCGAGCAUAGACGAAUUGCAGAAUCUCACUGAUCUUGUACUUAACAACAACACCUUUGCUGGAUCACUGCCUCGUGAAAUCGGAAAUAUCAGUACUUUGGAAGGUCUUUUCCUAUUUGGUAACUUUUUCACAGGUGAAAUUCCAGUGGAGAUCGGAAAGCUGAAAAGUUUGAACACGAUUUACCUUUACGAUAACCGAAUGUCAGGACUCAUACCGAGAGAGUUAACAAACUGCACAAGCUUAAGAGAAAUCGAUUUCUUUGGAAACCGUUUUACAGGCUCCAUUCCAGAGACUAUAGGGAAGUUGAAGAACUUGGUUCUUCUUCAUCUGAGGCAAAAUGUGUUUUCUGGUCCAAUCCCUCCAAGUUUAGGAUACUGCAAAAGUCUUCAGAUACUGGCCUUAGCAGAUAACAAACUUUCAGGUUCAAUUCCACACACAUUCAGUUACCUUUCAGAACUUUAUAAGAUUACCCUUUACAACAACUCUUUUGAAGGACCUAUCCCGAAUUCACUUUCGUCUCUCAAAAACCUCAAAAUCAUAAAUUUUUCACACAAUAAGUUCAGUGGAAGUUUCUCUCCUCUCACUGCUUCAAAUUCUCUUACUCUUCUUGACUUGACUAACAACAGUUUCUCAGGUCUUAUCCCUUUUAGUCUAGCCGAUUCAAGAAACCUCCGCCGUCUCCGCCUCGCAUACAAUAAUCUCACAGGAACUAUUCCUUCUGAAUUUGGCCAGCUUAAUGAUCUCAACUUUUUUGAUUUAUCAUAUAACAAUCUAACAGGAGAAGUUCCGGCACAGCUCUCAAAUUCGCGGAAAAUAGAACAUAUUUUGCUGAGUAACAACAGAUUGAACGGCGAAAUACCUAACUGGUUGGGAGAAUUCCAAGAACUUGGUGAACUAGAUCUCUCAUGCAAUAACUUCAGUGGCAAGGUACCUUCUGAAAUCGGUAACUGUUCAAAUUUACUCAAACUUUGUCUCCAUCACAACAAUUUAUCUGGUGAAAUUCCUCAAGAGAUUGGAAACCUCACUUCUCUUAACGUCUUCAACAUUCAAAGCAAUAGUCUCACCGGCGUCAUUCCUUCGACAAUUCAGAAAUGCAAGAAGCUCUAUGAGCUAAGGCUCUCACAAAACUUUCUGACAGGUAAAAUACCAUUUGAGCUAGGCGAGCUUGACGAGUUACAAGUGAUAUUGGAUUUGAGUAAGAAUCUCUUCUCUGGUGAGAUUCCUUCAUCUCUAGGAAACCUAAUGAAGCUAGAAAGACUCAACCUAUCUUUCAAUCAACUUCAAGGAAAAGUUCCUACUUCACUUGGCAAACUCACUAGUCUGCAUGUGUUGAAUCUCUCAUACAACCAUCUUGAAGGCCAGAUUCCGUCAACUUUUUCAGGCUUUCCAAGAAGCUCUUUCACGAACAACAGCCGGUUAUGCGGUUUGCCGUUAGUAUCUUGCUCAGGAUCAACAUCAGAGAGGAAAAUGCAGCUAUCAAACACACAAGUGGCAAUUAUAAUUGUAGCUAUUGUGUUUACUUCAACUGUGAUAUGUUUGGUUAUGUUGUAUAUAAUGCUUAGAAUUUGGUGCAACUGGAGAAAAGUUGCAAUAUCAAAUGAAGAUGGAGGUGGUGUUGGUCAGAAGAAAGAGGAAAGGGCUUGUAAUGAUCAUAAGGCAAGGAAUGGAGAGUAUUGGAAUAUGAACUCAUUUGGAUUCAUUCCUUCACCAGAUAAGAGUAAUUCAGUUACAACAACUUGUUUCUUUAAUAUCAAAAUGGAAGCCAUGGAAAAUGCAAAUAUAUAA